CCGGCGCGAGCGCCCGAGCUCCGCCCCUCGCCGAGCCGCCCCCACCGCGGCUGCAGGGAGCGAGCUCGCCCAGCUCUGCGGGAGCCGCCACCCUCGCCUCCGCCGCCUCUUCCUCCCCCUCGCGUCCGCGGGCAGGGGCUGCGCGCGAGGGUCGCUGCCCUGGGUAGGCGGCCGGGCCCCGGUGGCGGCUGAACGCCCGCGCGUGGCGCCGCGACAGGUGCAGAGUCGCGGCUAAGGAGCCACCUGCGGCCGCCGCCGCGGCGAUGCCCACCAUGCGAAGGACGGUGUCGGAGAUCCGCUCUCGCGCUGAGGGUUAUGAGAAGACAGAUGAUGUUUCAGAGAAGACCUCGUUGGCUGACCAGGAAGAAAUACGGACUAUAUUCAUCAACCAGCCUCAGCUGACAAAAUUCUGCAACAACCAUGUCAGCACUGCAAAAUACAACAUAAUAACAUUCCUUCCAAGAUUUCUCUACUCUCAGUUCAGAAGAGCUGCUAAUUCAUUUUUUCUCUUUAUUGCACUGCUGCAGCAAAUACCUGAUGUAUCACCAACGGGUCGCUACACAACACUGGUUCCUCUCCUAUUUAUUUUAGCUGUGGCAGCUAUCAAAGAGAUAAUAGAAGAUAUUAAACGACAUAAAGCUGAUAAUGCAGUGAACAAGAAACAGACCCAAGUUUUGAGAAAUGGUGCUUGGGAAAUUGUUCACUGGGAAAAGGUGGCAGUGGGGGAAAUAGUGAAAGUGACCAAUGGGGAGCAUCUCCCAGCAGAUCUCAUCAGUCUGUCCUCCAGUGAGCCCCAGGCCAUGUGUUACAUUGAAACUUCCAACUUAGAUGGUGAAACAAACUUGAAAAUUAGACAGGGAUUGCCAGCAACCUCAGAUAUCAAAGACAUUGACAGUUUGAUGAGAAUUUCUGGCAGAAUUGAGUGUGAAAGUCCAAACAGACAUCUCUAUGACUUUGUUGGAAACAUCCGGCUUGAUGGACAUGGCACUGUUCCCCUGGGCGCAGAUCAGAUUCUCCUUCGAGGUGCUCAGCUGAGAAAUACACAGUGGGUUCAUGGAAUAGUUGUCUACACUGGACAUGACACCAAGCUGAUGCAGAACUCGACAAGUCCACCGCUUAAGCUCUCAAAUGUGGAACGGAUCACAAAUGUGCAGAUUUUGAUUCUAUUUUGUAUCUUAAUUGCCAUGUCUCUUGUCUGUUCUGUGGGCUCAGCCAUUUGGAAUCGAAGGCAUUCUGGAAAGGACUGGUAUCUCAACCUAAACUAUGGUGGCGCUAAUAAUUUUGGACUGAAUUUCUUGACCUUCAUUAUCCUUUUCAACAACCUCAUUCCUAUCAGCUUGUUGGUUACAUUAGAAGUGGUGAAAUUUACCCAGGCGUACUUCAUAAAUUGGGAUCUUGACAUGCACUAUGAACCCACAGACACAGCUGCCAUGGCCCGAACAUCUAAUCUGAAUGAGGAACUUGGCCAGGUUAAAUACAUAUUUUCUGACAAAACUGGCACCUUGACAUGCAACGUAAUGCAAUUUAAGAAGUGUACCAUAGCAGGAGUUGCUUAUGGCCAUGUCCCCGAGCCUGAGGAUUAUGGCUGCUCUCCUGAUGAAUGGCAGAGCUCACAGUUUGGAGAUGAAAAAACAUUUAGUGACUCAUCCUUGCUGGAAAAUCUCCAAAAUAACCAUCCAACUGCACCUAUCAUCUGUGAAUUUCUCACAAUGAUGGCAGUGUGUCACACAGCAGUCCCUGAGCGUGAGGGGGAGAAGAUUAUUUAUCAAGCAGCAUCUCCAGAUGAGGGUGCGUUGGUCAGAGCAGCCAAGCAAUUGAAUUUUGUUUUCACUGGAAGAACACCUGACUCAGUGAUUAUAGAUUCACUGGGGCAGGAAGAAAGAUACGAAUUACUCAAUGUCCUGGAGUUCACCAGCGCCAGGAAAAGAAUGUCAGUGAUUGUUCGCACUCCAUCCGGGAAGUUACGACUUUACUGCAAAGGAGCUGACACUGUAAUUUAUGAGCGACUGGCAGAGACUUCAAAGUACAAAGAAAUCACUUUAAAACAUUUGGAACAGUUUGCUACAGAAGGGCUCAGAACUCUGUGUUUCGCUGUGGCCGAGAUUUCGGAGAGCGACUUUCAGGAGUGGCGCACCGUGUACCAGCGAGCGUCUACCUCUGUGCAGAACAGACUGCUCAAGCUUGAAGAGAGCUACGAGCUCAUUGAGAAGAAUCUUCAGCUACUUGGAGCUACGGCCAUUGAGGAUAAAUUGCAAGAUCAAGUGCCUGAAACCAUAGAAACCCUAAUGAAAGCAGACAUCAAAAUUUGGAUCCUUACAGGGGACAAGCAAGAAACUGCCAUUAACAUUGGACACUCCUGCAAACUUCUGAAGAAGAACAUGGGAAUGAUUGUUAUAAAUGAAGGCUCAUUGGAUGGCACAAGGGAAACCCUCAGUCGUCACUGCACUACUCUUGGUGAUGCUCUUCGGAAAGAGAAUGACUUUGCUCUUAUAAUUGAUGGGAAAACCCUCAAGUAUGCCUUAACCUUCGGAGUAAGACAGUAUUUCCUGGACUUAGCUUUGUCUUGCAAAGCUGUCAUUUGUUGCAGGGUUUCUCCUCUUCAAAAAUCUGAAGUUGUGGAUAUGGUGAAGAAACAAGUGAAAGUCAUAACACUUGCAAUCGGUGAUGGAGCAAAUGAUGUGAGCAUGAUACAGACAGCGCAUGUUGGAGUAGGGAUAAGUGGCAAUGAAGGCCUGCAGGCAGCCAAUUCCUCUGAUUACUCCAUCGCUCAGUUCAAGUAUUUGAAGAAUUUAUUGAUGGUUCAUGGUGCCUGGAACUAUAAUCGAGUCUCCAAGUGCAUCUUGUAUUGCUUCUACAAGAACAUUGUCCUCUACAUUAUCGAGAUCUGGUUUGCCUUUGUUAAUGGUUUCUCUGGACAGAUCCUCUUUGAAAGAUGGUGUAUAGGUCUCUAUAAUGUGAUGUUUACAGCAAUGCCUCCCUUAACUCUUGGAAUAUUUGAGAGGUCGUGCAGGAAGGAGAACAUGUUGAAGUACCCUGAGUUAUACAAAACGUCUCAGAAUGCCCUGGACUUCAACACCAAGGUUUUCUGGGUUCAUUGUUUAAAUGGCCUCUUCCACUCAGUUAUUCUGUUUUGGUUUCCACUAAAAGCCCUUCAGUAUGGUACUGUGUUUGGAAAUGGGAAAACCUCCGAUUAUCUACUGCUGGGCAACUUUGUUUACACUUUUGUGGUGAUAACGGUGUGUUUGAAAGCUGGAUUAGAGACAUCAUAUUGGACCUGGUUCAGCCACAUAGCGAUCUGGGGCAGCAUCGCGCUCUGGGUGGUGUUUUUUGGGAUCUACUCAUCACUGUGGCCGGCCGUCCCGAUGGCCCCAGACAUGUCGGGAGAGGCAGCCAUGUUGUUUAGCUCCGGAGUCUUUUGGACGGGUUUGUUGUUCAUUCCUGUGGCGUCUUUGCUUCUUGAUGUGGCAUACAAGGUUAUCAAGAGGACCGCUUUUAAGACGUUAGUAGAUGAAGUUCAGGAACUGGAGGCGAAAUCUCAAGACCCAGGAGCCGUUGUGCUGGGGAAAAGCCUCACCGAGAGAGCGCAGCUGCUCAAGAACGUCUUUAAGAAGAACCACGUGAACCUGUACCGGUCUGAGUCGCUGCAACAAAACCUGCUCCAUGGGUACGCUUUCUCUCAAGAUGAGAAUGGGAUCGUUUCACAGUCCGAAGUGAUUAGAGCAUAUGAUACCACGAAACAGAGGCCCGAAGAGUGGUGAUGACAAGGGGCAGGGGGCAGGCCCUGCUCCGCCUCUUAGGAGAGCUACAGGUCAACACCGCAGUCUGCUGACCACUUCCAGCCUGGCCCACGGGGAGGAAAGGUGGAUCUGAGCUCCUCUCACAGCUGGAGCCUCAGAUUCGUGUACAUCAUAGACAUAAGCACUGUGCGACUAGACUGUAACACCAUCUCUCUCAGAUUUUUUAAAGUAUUUGCUAAGUCUUUGUAAACAGCAAUUGAAAAUGAUCUUGUAUCUUGCAAUAGGUCAGCGUUCUUAUGCCGUUAACUCUGGGACUAUGACUAUCAGUUUACUGGCUCUGCCACGUGGUGACCAACCAUUAAAACAACUCCGAAGUGGUGUGAAGUUAACAGGGACUCGACAUCCAGGCGUAGAUGGCAGGGCAUGCUGAAACAAACCAGCAUUAAGGAACGGACUCACCUUACUGAGCAUCUCGCAACAAGGCAUUAAUAAGUGUUCGUGUCAAACAUUGUCUUGAUAAAUGUUUGCCAAAGAAGUUCAGUAAGUGUAUUUCUCAUCCAGUAGUCAUCUGCCCAGAAAUUUAAGAGAAAGUUUACUUCCAGUUCUGCUGUGAGAUCUGCAUGCUUGACUUUUCCAAUGUAAGAGUGAUUUGCAAAAUGACUGUCUCAAGGCAUUUGCUACUCAAAUCUGUGAUGUUGCACCUUUGGCCUUACAAAUGCUUCUUUGUUGUCUGUCUUGUUGACUUGCUAGAGGGCACAAGUGUAAAUGUGACUCUGUUGUUAACAAUACUUAUCUUCAAACUUGUGUUAAUGUCUCUGUCACUUCUGAUGAGAUUUCUUCACUUUUUAGAUUUUUCUUGAAAAUUUGGCUUCUGCUGUAGAUUGAGUAAUGUCAUUUUGUCUUCAAGUUUUCCCCCCUUAAAAAGAAAAAAACAGGCUUCCCUAUUUAUGUGGGCUUUCCAAAGCUUCUGUGUAGGUGUUGGGUAAUGUGUCGGGUGAGUGCAUGGGCUUCUGUCAUGUGCAUAGGCUCGGCCCUUGUAACCGUCUUGGUUCUUACGGCUGGGGAUGCCUGCUGUCCUGUGUAGCAUACUUAGUGUUCCGGUCACUGUUCCAGUACUUAAGACUCAAAAUUAUUUCACAAUUCACUUAGCAAGCAGUUCCUAAAAUGAGUCACAGGCUGAUUGUUGGGACAAACCAGUGCAUUUUCCCCAUUUUAAAAACACUUAUCUUACUCAGCCUGUAACUUUCCAAAGAACACUUUUCAGAAGUAGAUUCCAUUCAGAUGUAUGAAGAUGUGUGUUCAGUUUAUUUUCAGCAUUUCCCAGACAUCUCCUGGAAAUGCCUCUUUUGCUACCAACAGUAAAUGAUGAUGGGCUAUUUAAAAACCACAACCAGCUUUCUACACUAUUUUUAAAGUAAUGCUUUCAAUUAAAAAGGAAAAAAAGAAUUCUAGUUUUCAGAUACAUUUUGGAGGCUUAAGCAAACUGUUUGCCUUUCCUUCAGAAGCCUGUUUGCCUUUAAGUGGACUUAACCAGCAAAAUAGGUAAACUUCCUCUUAAAAAAAAAAAAAAGAAAAGAAAAAGAAAAUCAGCAAGAACUGAAAAGAAAGGAGAUUGUCCGAAUCACCCCUUGAGUUUAAUCAUCUCCCAUUCUUUUUGCCUUUUUGCUCAAUCUAGAUUUAGAAUUAGGGUGUAUAUCAUUUCCUUCUCUGUAUUUGCAGUUAUUUAGCUCCCAGUGUGCCUCUACGUUUUCAACAAAUAAGAGGUUAUAACAUACAGACAUAAUUCUAACCUACAGGGAACAAGGGGUUCACAUCCUCCUCUUCCCAGACCCUUCCUGUGCAGGACUCAGGGUGAGAGAGUCGUGAAUCAUAACAUCUAGUAAGACCACAGGUGUAGAGUCCAAGGUCGUCAUUAAGACUCCAAAGCCGUCCUCUGAAGGGACAUUCAGGGUGGCCUUUCCGGGGCCUCCCAGUGGUGAGAGCUGAGGUCAAACCACGAAACUCAGAAAGCAAGACUGAAGGGCACCCCUCGCAGAAACAUUGCACAGCAGUCCCAGAGAAGGGCUGUGUCCCUUUCCCUCCAGGGGACCAGUGACCACUGCCUCCAAGACUUGAGUAUCAAAGUGUUACAAACAGAGAAGAACUGGAUUUUCUGACUAAAACAUGGAAGCAAAGUUCUAUUUUGAUCUUGAACUGGGGGAAUGUAAGAUUCCUGCUGGGUGAUAAUUUAGUGCAUGACAUUGUGAACUCAAAUGUGAAAUGGGCCUCAUUUAGGCCUUUUUGUCCUGAGGUCCUAUUUUUGAAUUAUCGGAAUUAAGUCAACCUCUUUGCUUCUUGGGUCAGGGUAGGAAGUGGGGCAUGACCUCCUUGGUAAAAAUUUAAAAUACAUCAUUGCAAUUGCAUUGACUUUAUAAUGUUAAAUUACAGAAAAAUGCUCUGAUAUUUUUAAACUUCCUUAAUGGAAAAAAAAAACUCACAUAGUUUUACUAGGAUUCAAAUGAGCAGUGGAAAUGACUUUGAACAUGUAUUUUCUGAAAUAAAGGACAACACUCUUCACUUAAAAGUCCCUACAGAGACUCGGGCAGAUGCUAACACAGUUGUUUUACAGUGUUUACAAUUCAGAAAAUACUACUUAUAGUACAAAAUCCUCAUCCUUUUAACAUUGAAAAGGGGGGAGUUGCUUCUUUAACGUCAAAUAGCACACAGUCCAGUACCAAGCAAAGACUUUCUAAACAUUUUAUAUAGACUUAGAAAAAUGUAUUGAUGGCUCACACCCAGACAGACUCUAUAUUGUAGCAGUUAUUCCCAGGAAAACAGUGCUUCUCAAGAACGUAGUAGGUUUCAAGUGACAGAAGAACUUCUGGUCCUCCCGUCUCCACUCUGUGCUGUGCUGUGAGCCGGCGUGAGCAGCGUGGCUGGGAAACCUUUUCUGAUGAAGUCAGGUGAAUGUGUACUCUGCUAAACAGGCGAGCCACUUACAUGUAUGUGUAGUCAUGGACUGGACUCGAAGAUGUCUCUGAAUUUCCAGGGGGAAAAAUGAAUUCUAAGAUAUCAAUCAGCAUUUAUUCUGACUAUUAAUUUUAUAUUUUCAUUUUGCAGUUCAACACUGUAAAUAGCCAACAUGAAAAUCAUGGUAUAAUUUAUUCUACCUUGUGUGCAUUGUCCAAUACUUACAACCUGUCAUUUAAAAGGUUCAUUCAGGAAAUGAGUGCUAGGUAGAAAGUCAUAGAUGUAUAUUUCAUAAUUUUUAUUUAUAACUCAUAAUUACUAAAAAGCUUAAUAGUCAUUGGUGUUUAUUUUCAUGCAGUUGUCCUUUGAUAGUUCCUAGUUUGUAAACCUAUUUCAUUAAGUAAAUCUAAAAUCUUAUAAAUAAUCAUCUAUAAAAUUUAUCAAGAAAUGACCAGCCCAUCCACAUCAUCAUGGAAUUCUUUUGGUGAAUUACUUACCGUAACACCAUACAGUUCAGUGCCUAUAAGAAAUGCUUUUUAAGGAUGAAAAUUUCUAUAAUGCCUCUUAAAGAGAACAUAGUCUGAUUUUUCUCACAUUAAAAAAACUGUAGUCAGUUGUGGAGCUUGGUUAUACUUUGCUGCAUUUUAAUUAACCUUCAACAGCUAUUAAAAUGGAAUGUAAGUUAGAUUUUGAAGGAAAUGAAAUAAAUGUUUUCCAUUUUCAUCAUGAUUUAUUUUCUGUAUGAGAGCAGCUGUGUUUUUGAUAGGUUUAUGGUUUGCAUGAAUUAAUAUUUAAAGUGAUCCAGGCCAAUGCAUGGCUAUUGCUGUAAAUCUUAAUGUUUAUUUCUGCCUUAUAAAAUUCUAUCAUUGCCUACCUGGAAUUUAGUGGUCAGUGGACAAAUUAAUUGGUCCCCUACACAACUUUUUUCAUAAAUAGAUUAUUUUACACACAAAAUUGAACAAAUUUAAUCGAAUCUUUUGUUUAACUCACCUCUAAGAACUUUUCUUAACAAAGCUCACAAAACUUCUCAGCAAAUAAAUCUCCCUUAAGUAGUAAAAACCUACAUCUCCUAUUUGCUUACUUUGAAUUAACAGCAGCUCUCUCUAGUUGAAGUCGGCUCUUGCAGAUAUGUGAGUAAGAUAUUAAGUAAAUAAAUACUUUUAUGUUCAUUGGUUCUAGAAUAGAAGCCAUAAAUGCAGUUUUUUAAAAAAAAAAAAAACUGUUGCUUAACUAUUUCAAGUUUCAUUUUUCACAUUUUCUAAUUUAUAUGGUUAAAAUAAAAAGAGGCAGCCCUGGAAGGCAGCUACCAUGGAAAACUGCAGUUUUCAGUACAAAUUAGUGUUCUCGGCUCCACGCGAAACCAUUCCUGCUGAAACUGCUGUAGAGAUUGUGACACUGCAUGAGUGGGGAAUCUGUGAUCAUCGUCGUUCUCUCAGGUUUGUUUAUCUUGAUGUUCAGUGCACUGUGUUUUAUAAAUAGUUAUUAAAGUUGAGUAACAUUCAUUUCUAUGCAGUGUUACGUGUCAUUGGCCUUUUGUGAAUGUGCAUGUUUUAAACAACAGAUUUCAAACAUUUUGUCCUCUAAUUGUUAUUAAAAUGAAAUAAAAUUUACCAUUACAUAAAGAAAA